AAAUACACAUAUUCAUUUGUAUGCAAGCAGAGUAUAACACUAACCACCUCCUUUAAAUACCAUUUUUCCUUACCACUUUCGGACCCUCAAUUUUUGUAUACGAAAGAAAAACCAAAAAUGCAUAAGCUCUUGUUUUCUCUUCUCAUCGUCGUCUCACUCUCACUUCUCCUCUUCUUCCAUGGCGGCGAAGCACGCCAGCAAGAGACGCCGUUUCCAAACGCAUGCCAUUUUAGCCAAAUCAAUAGCCUCGCUCCAGCCCAAGCGACCAAGUUUGAAGCCGGUCAGAUGGAAGUAUGGGACCACAUGAGCCCCGAGCUCCAAUGCGCCGGUGUGACAGUGGUUCGCAUCACCCUUCAGUCCAAUUCCAUUUUUUUGCCAGCUUUCUUUAGCCCACCUGCUCUCGCUUACGUUGUCCAAGGAGAAGGAGUGAUGGGAACGAUUGCUUCAGGUUGUCCUGAGACUUAUGAAGAUAUUGAAGCAUCAGACAGAGGAGGAGAAGGAGGAGGAGGAGACCGGCGUCGACGUUUUGAGGACAUGCACCAGAAGUUGGAGAACUUCAGGCGAGGAGAUGUGUUUGCUUCGCUUGCCGGAGUUUCACAGUGGUGGUACAAUCGUGGAGAUUCUGAUGUUGUCAUUGUCAUCGUUCUUGAUGUUACCAACAGAGAAAACCAGCUUGACCAAGUCCCUAGGAUGUUCCAACUAGCCGGGAGCAGAACACAAGAAGAAGAGCAACAGCAACCAUUAAACUGGCCUUCUGGCAACAAUGCUUUCAGCGGUUUCGACGCUAACAUAAUCGCGGAAGCAUUCAAAAUCGACAUCGAGACAGCUAAGCAGCUUCAGAACCAGCAGGACAACAGAGGAAACAUAGUCCGAGCAAACGGUCCGCUCCACUUUGUCAUCCCACAGCCACGACAGUGGCAGCAGCAAGAUGGCAUUGCUAAUGGCAUCGAAGAGACUUAUUGCACGGCUAGGCUUCAUGAGAAUAUUGACGAUCCAGAACGGUCCGACCUUUUCAGCACACGAGCCGGAAGAAUCAGCACUCUUAACAGCCUUAAUCUCCCCGUUCUACGUCUAGUCAGACUUAACGCCGUUAGAGGUUAUCUCUACAGCGGAGGAAUGGUGUUGCCACAGUGGACCGCAAACGCGCACACGGUGUUAUACGUCACAGGCGGUCAAGCCAAGAUACAAGUGGUGGACGACAAUGGUCAGUCCGUGUUCAACGAGCAAGUGGGACAAGGUCAACUACUUGUGAUUCCACAGGGCUUUGCCGUUGUGAAAACCGCUGGUGAAACGGGUUUUGAAUGGAUAUCGUUCAAGACCAACGAUAACGCUUAUAUUAACACGCUCAGCGGGCAAACAUCGUAUUUGAGAGCAGUUCCCUUGGAUGUGGUCAAAGCCUCGUAUGGAGUGACCGAGGAAGAAGCAAAAAGGAUCAAGUUCAGCCAGCAAGAGGCAAUGUUGGCUAUGACACCAAGCUCUUCCUCUUAAGCGUUUGCUUUUGCUUUUGCUUCUUAUUACGAUGUUAUUUAGUUUUUCCAGUCAAUGAAAUAAAUAAAUAUACGACUAGUAAUAACCAACUUUUCUAAA